CUCGGCCACGUUAACUGUUGCUAAUGUGGGGUUCCGGGACAUCAAAGCCAUUCACAGUGGUGGAUGUCACAGCUGUCCUACAUUUGUUCUUUUUAUUUUUUAUUUACUUAUUUUUCCCCUGGGUAAUUAUUUUAUUUUUUUAUGAAUAUAAUUUAUUGUCAAAUUGGCUUACAUACAACACCCAGUGCCCAUCCCAACAAGUGCCCUCCUCAAUGCCUGUCACCCAUUUUCCCUCUGUUCUUUUUGAUUUGAGGUGCAGGUUUCCCAAAUUAAGCACCUUAGGAGGCAAAGAAGCAUCACCCCUAACCCCAGAGCCCACCGUAACAUUAGAAUGGAGCUGGUAGGUGCCAAGGGUUUUUUCUUAUUCACGUGCUUUUGUUUAAACCUAGCUGUGAUACUGUUCUAGGAGGCUGUAACGUGAAAUUCAGAGUUGUAAGGAAAUUUGAAGAUGGUUCACUCCAUUCCCCUGUUUUUAGAUUAAGAAAUGAAUAGCCCAGAGGGACAAUGGCUUGCUUAGCUGGGUCCAGAGCCCAGGUGCUCUGUCCCCUGAGAGCACUGCCCUGGGCUAGUCGGUCUUUAGUUUCAAAAUGUGGUAUAAAAAAUUCAUUGGCGGUUUAUUUUUAGGGUAAUCUCUCUCUCUCUCUCUCUUUCUCUUUCUCUGUGUGGUUUCUGUGUCUGGAUUUUUUUUUUUUUUUUAAUGGCGUCUUCAAACAGGAAUUUGUUUUAAGCAAGAAAAUCACAGCCUUAUUGUUUACCAGCCAUGACCUUAGACGCUGACAUUCACUCCUGUCCUGCCUGUGUUCGGAUAUCGCUAUACCCAGGAUCUUCCUUCUCCCCCACCCCCGUUUCUUCUGCUGAUUGUAGUAAAACCAAAGUUUAAAGGUGAUCCUUGUUUUUCCCCAGUUGGGCUUUUCCAGACAGUUGCUCUGGCUUCUUAAGAUCUGUUUCCCACUUAGGGAGAUUAGGUGAAAACUUGAGGAAGCAGAGCCUUGCAGUUAAAAACACAACGUCUGCUUACCACUGCACACCCUCGGGGCCGGCCUGCCUGUUCCGUCUCCUCUCCAGCCUCUCCUGCCUCCCAGGGCCCACCCGCAGGCAGUUCUCACCUCCUCCUGCCCACAUCGGAGGUCUGUGGGAGGUGGUUAGGAAGCCGGAGGACUGACGGGGAGCUCGGGGGGAGCUGGGGUAUAUUGUUUGGGUCGGCCAUGUAAGCCUUGUGCUGCUGUGUAAAUGGCCACGAUUUAGGCAUUUUCUCGGGACUUCUGCUGGGCACCAGACAACCAGAUCUCCUGCAUACUGGAGCAAAAUGAAAGAGUUUAUUCUGAGACCUCUGAUGCACUGCUUCCCCAGGCCAUGAGGAAGAAAGAGUGGACUUCAGCCUGUAUGCAUGGUCUUGAAACACGAAUGGUUGUGGGUCUAGGCAUUUUCCAGUGACUUUCUCUACUGCCACUGUUGCUACUCAGGCAGAAUCUGCGCAGAAAGAUCUGCUGGGAAAGAACUGACUGCUUAUGUUUCUCCAUUGUGAUGAAAGCACAUGUUACAGUUUUCCAAAGAAAUUAGUCCUUUUUCUUGGUGAAAAGAAACCAGCCUGCCGUUUUCAUAGGGUAUUUCUCACUCCUCUGGAAGGAAGAAAGAACACGCCUGAGCCGGGAGCACUCCAGCGUCUUGUGGGAAGUCUCCAUGGUGAAGGAUAAGCCAGGGCUACCUGUGAACAGCGCACAGUGAAUGUUAUUCCAGAGCUGCUGCGGGCCGAUCGCACCCACGGGGAGAUGAUUCCUCAUGAAGAGCCUGGAUCCCCUACAGAAAUCAAAUGUGACUUUCCAUGUAUCAGACUAAAACCAGAGCCAGCCAGACAGUGAAACAGUCACCGUGGAGGGGGGACGGCGAAAAAUGAAAUCCAACCAAGAGCGGAGCAACGAAUGCCUGCCUCCCAAGAAGCGCGAGAUCCCCGCCACCAGCCGGCCUUCGGAGGAGAAGGCCGCCGCGGCGCCCAGCGACAACCACCGGGCGGAGGCCGUGGCAUGGCUCCCCGGCAACCCGGGGGGCCGCGGCCACGGGGGCGGCAGGCACGGCCCGGCGGGGGCCCCGGUGGAGCUGGGUUUACAGCAGGGAAUAGGUUUACACAAAGCGCUGUCCGCGGGGCUGGACUACUCCCCGCCCAGCGCGCCCAGGUCCGUGCCGGCGACCACCACGCUGCCCGCCGCGUACCCUCCCCCGCAGUCGGGGACGCCGGUGUCCCCCGUGCAGUACGCUCACCUGCCGCACACUUUCCAGUUCAUCGGGUCCUCCCAGUACAGCGGGCCCUACGCCGGGUUCAUCCCUUCGCAGCUGAUCUCCCCAACAGCCAGCCCCGUCACCAGUGCCGUGGCCUCGGCCGCGGGGGCCACCACUCCAUCCCAGCGCUCCCAGCUGGAAGCCUAUUCCACCCUGCUGGCCAACAUGGGCAGUCUGAGCCAAGCCUCGGGACACAAGGCUGAGCAGCAGCACCUGGGCAGGACGUCGGGGCUCGGCCCCCCGGGGUCCCCCCCUCCCACCCAGCAAAACCAGUACGUGCACAUCUCCAGCUCUCCGCAGAGCGCCGGGCGCACGGCGUCCCCUCCGGCCAUCCCCGUCCACCUGCACCCGCACCAGACGAUGAUCCCACACACGCUCACCCUGGGGCCCUCCCCCCAGGUCGUAGUGCAAUACACCGACUCCGGCGGCCACUUCGUCCCGCGGGAGGCCGCCAAGAAAGCCGACAGCGGCAGGCUGCAGGCCAUGCAGGCCAAGGAGCUCCUGAACGGCGAGAUGGAGAAGGGCCGCAGGUACGGGGCCCCGAGCUCCGCCGACCUGGGCCUGGUGAAGGCCGGGAAGUCGCUUCCUCACCCGUACGAGUCCAGGCACGUGGUGGUGCACCCGAGCGCCGCGGACUACGGCGGUCGGGACUCCUCGGGGGUCCGGGCCUCUGUGAUGGUCCUGCCCACCAGCAGCGCGCCCGCCGCCGACCUGGAGGUGCAGCCGGUCACGCACCGGGAGGCCUCGCCCUCCACCCUCAACGACAAAAGCGGCCUGCAUCUAGGGAAGCCCGGGCACCGGUCCUACGCGCUGUCGCCCCAACAGGCCCUGGGCCCCGAAGGCGUGAAGGCCGCCGCCGUCGCCACGCUGUCCCCCCACACGGUCAUCCAGACCACACACAGCGCCUCGGAGCCACUCCCGGUCGGACUGCCGGCCACCGCCUUCUACGCGGGGACCCAAGCGCCGGUCAUCGGCUACCUGAGCAGCCAGCAGCAGGCGAUCACGUACGCCGGCAGCCUGCCCCAGCACCUGGUGAUCCCCGGCACGCAGCCCCUGCUCAUCCCGGUCGGCGGCGCCGACGUGGAGGGCUCGGGAGCCGCCCCCGCCAUCGCCACGUCGUCGCCCCAGUUUGCGGCAGUGCCUCACACGUUCGUCACCACCGCCCUCCCCAAGAACGAGAACUUCAGCCCGGAGGCCCUGGCCACGCAGGCCGCCUACCCAGCCAUGGUGCAGGCCCAGAUCCACCUGCCCGUGGUGCAGUCCGUGGCGUCCCCCGCCGCCGCGCCCCCCACGCUGCCCCCCUACUUCAUGAAAGGCUCCAUCAUCCAGUUGGCCAACGGGGAGCUGAAGAAGGUGGAGGACUUGAAGACGGAAGACUUCAUCCAGAGCGCCGAGAUCAGCAGCGACCUGAAGAUCGACUCCAGCACCGUGGAGAGGAUCGAGGACAGCCACCACCCAGGCGUGGCGGUGAUACAGUUUGCCGUCGGGGAGCACCGAGCACAGGUCAGCGUGGAGGUUUUGGUAGAGUACCCUUUUUUUGUGUUUGGACAGGGAUGGUCAUCCUGCUGUCCAGAGAGAACCAGCCAGCUCUUUGAUCUGCCGUGUUCCAAACUCUCUGUUGGGGAUGUCUGCAUCUCACUGACCCUCAAGAACCUGAAGAACGGCUCUGUUAAAAAGGGCCCGCCCGUGGAUCCGGCCAGCGUCCUGCUGAAGCAUUCAAAGACGGACAGCCUGGCGGGCAGCAGACACAGGUACACGGAGCAGGAGAACGGCAUCAACCAGGGAAGCGCCCCGAUGCUGUCCGAGAACGGCGAACUCAAGUUUCCAGAAAAAAUAGCAUUGCCUGCAGCGUCCCUGCUCACCAAAAUCGAACCCAGCAAGCCCACGGCAACCAGGAAGAGGAGGUGGUCGGCGCCGGAGACCCGCAAACUGGAGAAGUCGGAAGACGAGCCACCUUUGACUCUUCCUAAACCUUCUCUAAUCCCUCAGGAGGUUAAGAUUUGCAUCGAAGGCCGGUCUAACGUAGGCAAGUAGAGGCAGCGUGGGGAAAGGAAAUUCGGCUCUCCCUUAUUUGUAUCCAGAUUACUGUACUGUAGGCUAAAUAACACAGUAUUUACAUGUUACCCUCUUUAGGUUUCUGUUAUAACCUUGUCAUUAGAGUUACAGCUGGUGUUGCAGCAGGAGACCGGGGCACAUGCUUUUCCAGGAGUGACAGCGGCAGGUGGGGGGGAGGGGGGAAGGGCAGGGCCCGCGCAGGCUCCGGGCGUCCUGGGAGAAAGGAACGUGGCUUCCGAGCACCUGCCUUUUCCAGCUGCAGGGAAGCCGCGGCCCGGGCGCUGACUUCCGCCGGUUUCCUGUGCAGGUUCUGCGGGCAGGGAGCUGCCGGGGAGGGGAGGAAGGGGGCGUGUGGGCGUGCACUUGGGGGGCGCGGGUGCAAGGCGGGGGUGGAGGGUGUCUCCUUCCCUCUGCCUCCCUCUGCCUCCCUCUCUCUGGCACUGGCCUGGAGGUCCCGCCAGCAGGGCAGGGUCCUGGCGAGGGCCUCACGUGCAAAGCAAACAUCAGGAACCCGGGUGCAGGGCCUGCUAGAGAGGCGUCCGACAGCAGACGGAAAGCCAACCGUGUAAAAGGACCUUUUUUUUUUUUCCCCUCCAACAUAUUUUACAAUAAAAGCAACUUUUAAUCCUAUAGAGAUAUAUUUCCCCCUAUGGGGCCUGACUGCACUGAUAUUUUUUUAGAGCAACUGCCACACGUGGGAUUUCGUUUCUGCUUUACCAAGUGCAGUGAUGUCGCCCGGGUGUCACGGUGGGCAGCGCAGCUUGGCGCUCCGCGCGGCGGGGGGCGGGGGCGGGGGCGGGGGCGGGGCGCUGCGGGGGAGCGGACCGCCCACUCUGGAUUCUGUGCAGUGUUAGGAAAACCAAUCAGGUUAUCACAUUGACUUCGCUCAAACCGCCCUGCCGAGAGCCGCGGAAGCGCUCCUCAUUGGGUUUGCAAAAUCUGGUCUUUUAACUCUAGUACUGUUUAUAGUUCAUGACUAUGGACAACUCGGGUGCCACGGGUGCCACUUUUUUUCAGAUUCCAGUGUGACGUGAGGAAUUAGAUUUUGAAGAUGAACAUAUAUAUAUUACUAUCUCUAAGCACUUAAAAUGCUGUUCACACUUUAUUACCAAGCAUCUUGGUCUAUCAUUCAACAAGUACUGUAUCUCCCUUUAAACUCUUUGGGAAGAAAAAAACAAAACAAAACAAAAAAAAUAUAUAAGUUGCUUUCUUUUUUUUUUUUUUUUUUUUCAACACUGUAACUACAUUUCAGGUCUGCAGAGUUUCUCACGAGCAAGAUAUUGGAAGUUUCAAUGUGGUUUAAAGGGAUGAAUGUGAAUUAUGAGCUAGUAUGUGACAAUGAAUGACCCCCAAGUACAGCCUGACAGGAUGUACUUUUCACUUUGAUGUUUGAGAAAGAAGUAAAGGCAUAUAUGCAGAGCUGGCAGAGAAACUGAGAGAAAAGGUAUGGAAAAAAGAAUACUCAUUUUUGUCCAGUGUUUUUCUUUGUAAGAUGAACUUUUAAAAAACCUUGCGAUUUGCACAUCUUGAGUUUAUAAUUUGUGUGAUAUUCCUGCAGUUUUUAUCCAAUAACAUUGUGGGAAAGGUUUGAGGGACUGAACGAGCAUAAAUAAAUGUAGCAAAAUUACUUUCUAACCUGCCUAAACUCUAGGCCAUUUUAUAAGGUUAUGUUCCUUUCAGAAUUCAUUUUGGUCUUUCUACAUCUGUCACAAAAAAAAAAAAAAAAACCAAAAAAACAAAAAAAACCACAAAAAAACAAAAACAAAAAAAAACAGGUCUUAGCAGGACAACUCUGAGAAUUUUCUUCAGACUCAUUGAGAGAGUUUUCCAUAAAGACAUUUAUAUAUGUGAGCAAGUUUUUUUAAAUUACUUUAUUGUUGUUAUUAAUGUUAUUUUCAGAAUGACUUUUUUUUUUUUCCAUCUGAAAUCAAAUCGAGAUUCAAUGUUUGGUACAAACCCAGAAAGGGUAUUUCACAGUUUAAGCCUUUCAUCCCCAGAGACCUGAAAUAUUGUUUGUGGGUUUUGGGCGUGUGUCUUAAAGUGCUUUAAAAAAAUUACAAUAAUAAGGUUUUAUAAGUAAUGAGAAAUUUUUAAAUAUUCUCACUUGGAGUGGCUGCAACUUAUCUGAACAAAUACUUCAUCAGAUUUUUCUUUUACUGCUGAAAGUAGUACUUCUUCCAUUUUGCAAAUUAAAAAAAUAAUUUCUAAUAUCAACCCACAUUUUGGCCAUCUAGUAUCUCAUUACAUUUAGCUCUUACAAGAACUUAAUGAUAUUUAUAAACCAUUUUCUGGGGUGUACCAAAAACAUUUGCAUAGGUUUAGAAUAGCUAGAACUUUCUUUGGAUUUCAUUAUCCUCUCAGCAUGCUAGCAGAGAGCUGGGCGAGCCCAUUCUUGCGGUCAUACUGCUUGUUUAGAGCUGGUUUUUGUUUUUGUUUUUGUUUUUAAAGUUUCUGCUCAGAGACCUUGCUUAAUCUUCCAUAUAUUCUGCUCAGGGCACUUGCGAUUUUAGGUUUUGUUUUUCUUUUUGUUUUGUAACCUUUAAUGGUAAGAGGAAUAUGGGGCUGCCAUAUACACUUCGUCCUCCUCAAUACCACUAUUCACAGAAACUCACGCGGACGCAGAAACACACAUCACCACCUUUCGACUCAACUUCCAGUAUUGUGCUAACUGGAUCCUCAACACCAACACUAAAAAUGGGAAAACAUACACGGUUCGGAGCAAUAGGAACAUCAUCGUAAUUUUUGUGCUUCUAUUUCAGGUAUAGGAAUUCUUAAAUAAUUGGUUCUUUCUAAACAUCAUCCCAUUUCACGCUCUUGCUUUUUUAGUGUGUGCAACACUUCCCGUGCCAACAGGUCCGACCAGUGUGCUCUAGGUAAAGCUCAUUCCCCAUCCGGCCCGUCUUCCCCAUUCUGGCCAGAGAAGGGCUGGAGGGAAGGAACCGGGAAGGAGAGCAGCUCCCUCCGUGAGCUCCCCACCACGGAUGCUGAGUGCUGGGGAGGGGAGCUUUCAGGAGCCCCAUAUGUAUGUCACCCUGUUGCAGCAAAAGCCAAUAAAGGAAGGCUAGGGGACCAGCUUGAGUCCCUCUGUCACCAUGAAGAAUAGUGAAUGUGCAGUGUGGGGAGGAAGCAGGUAGAUUCAUUUCUAAGGCACACCGUGGAGCAAAGAGAACCAAGAUCCACCCAUUCUCCAAGGUGUUUUCCAGAGCAGGUGGGUCCCUCCUCGGGUCUGUGUCCUGGAGACUUUGAGCUGUGCCUCAGAGCACGGGUGGGAAGCGUGGCCCGAUGUGUGCGUAUGCGCUCUGAACAUGCAGCCAGUGGCCGUGGAGGGGCCCCUUUGAACAAUGGUCACCACUCCUUAGUGGCAGCUUUCCCUUCAAAUAGGAAGAACAUCCCAAGGACAGGGAACCUCCUCUUGUUGGCAGACAUUGGCCAGCUCCUGUGUAGCAAACAUGACAAUGAGAAGCAUAGAAAUUCUUCAGUGCCGUGCAGCUCACAAGGACCAGCCGUGUGCCUCUGUACUAUGUCCGCUUGGCAAUAUCUACUGACAACCAUCUUCUGUUCUUUCUUUCCUGUUUUCCAUUUCUAAACUAAUAACAGCAGGCCUUUUGCGUUUACAGUGGAACACAAUCACCAAGAAAUCAGUCAGGGCGAAAAGAAAAAAAAAAAAAAAGAAACCAACAAUCAAGAACCUCUCUUUCUAGGGAUUUCUAAAUACAUUAAAGGACUGUUCCUUAGAAUGUUUAACGUAAGAAUUAUUUCAGUUUGUUUGGGCCACAUUGCGGGGGCGGGGGGAGAUACAAAGAUGGAUGCCACUUACCUCAAACCUUUUAAAGUGGAAAUCCAAAUUGCAUUUUUGUUUGGACUUUCAGAAUCAUUUUCGAUGUCGGUCAAUUUUUUGUUUUGUUUUGUUUUGCCCAACUCAACCCAGUUGGGUGUGGGAGGAUUGAAUUUUUUUUUUUUUUUUCGUUGCUGUGGAUCCCAUUUCUAAGUCUGAAUUGUGACCCGCUAUGUUUUCUGUUAGGUGAGUGUGUUGGGUUUUCCCCCCACCAGGAAGUGGCAGCACCCCCUUUUCCCCUACAAGGAACUCUGCGGAACCUUUCUCACCUCUUACUCAGGGACGGGGCUGGUGUGUGUGUGGUACACUGACGUGUCCAGAAGCAGCACUUUGCUGUGGAGGAGGCUUGUACAAUUUCAAGGAAUGUUUGGAUUUCCUGCAUCUUGUGGAUUACUCCUUAGAUACUGCAUAGAUUGCAAUAUAAUGCUGCAUGUUCAAGAUGAACAGUAGCUCCUAGUAAUCAUACAAUUUACUCUUUGCACAUAGUUUGAUCUUUACUGAAAUGUGUUGCCAAAAUUUAUUUUUGUUGUUGUAGCUUUGGAAUUUUUUUUUUUGUCUGUUUUUUAAGGAAACAAUUGACAAUACCCUUUAACAUCUGUGACUACUAAGGAAACCUAUUUCUUUCAUAGAGGAAAAAAAAAUCUCAAAAUGCUUUUGAAGACACUAAUGCCAUGUAUUUCAGAUGUGGGAGAAACAGCAGAGUUCUUGGACAGGAGGCCAGGCUUUGUGAGCCGUGUUGGUUGUCAUGGCUACUGUUUCGUGAACCGCACGCAGCUCAACAAACUGGUCUGUUCUCUCCCAGAACCCUUUGCAUUUCUAUUUCCUAGUCACCCAUGAUGAUUCCAGGUGGAAGAAGGGCCCGCAGUCUCGUGGCCCAAUCCGGCGCCUUCAGCGGUGAUAUAAAAGGAAAGGAAAUUACGCUUUUUAUUUUUUAAAGUGGAGUGGGGGCCUUUGCUUCCACCUUUGUGUUUUUAACCCAGAUUUUCUGAAAUAGAGAAUUUAGGAACACAUCAAGUAAUAACUAUACAGAAAAUAUACUUUUUUAUAAAGCACAUGCCUAUGCUAUUGUGUUGGGUUGGUUUCCUCUCUUUUCCACGGACAGUGUUGUGUUUCUGUUGAUAGGGAAACUCCAAAGAAUUUGCACACCUCCACUCCGGAGCUGAGAUUUCUUUUACAUAGAUGACCUCGCUUCAAAUACGUUACCUUACGGAUAGGAUCUUUUCUUGUAGCACUAUACCUUGUGGGAAUUUUUUUCUUUCUCUCUCUCUCUCUCUCUCUCUCUCUCUUUUUUUUAAAUGUACACCUAAUUUGAGAAGCUGAAGAAGAAAAAAUUUUGAAGCACUCACUUUGAGGAGUACAGGUAAUGUUUUCAAAAAUUGCACAAAAGAAAAAUGAAUGUCGAAAUGAUUCAUUCAGUGUUCGAAAGACAUGGAUCUGUUGAAACAAUGAGUUUCAUACCUUGUUUGUAAAAACAGAAAAAAAGCAUAAAGGUUGAAAGUUACAUGUUUUUUUUUUUUUUUUGUUUUUUUUUUUUUUUUGGUUUUUUUGUAUAUAGAAAUUUGUCAUGUCUAAAAUUAUCAGACUUGUGUGGUUAUGGCCUGGAAGAAUUACUAGGUAAAAGGCUCUUAAACUAUACCUACGCUUCCUUUAUGUUUUUGUUACAUAGAGCCCUCUUCGGAGGGAGGGCAACUCUGUAUUCUGAAAUUUGAGAAUACUGUUCAUUCCUGUGCUGAAAGUACUUCUCUGAGCUCCUUUCUUGGUUUAAACUCUCAAGCCAUUGCAACUCCUUUUUCUUCAGAGAUCUUGUUUCACAUUGUCAGCACUUCCUGUUUCAAUAAACCCAAAGAAUAUAAUCCUGAACAAGAAGUGUUUGUAACAAGGGAUCCUAGCUACCAGUAAAACAGAACUCAUUAUGAGGACAAAAAAAAAAAAAAAAAAAAAAAAAAAAAAAAAAAAGAAAAUUGCACCUUUUUUUCUCCCCCCCCCCCCCCCCGCACCUCAUUUAAAUGGGGGGUAUAAACAAGAAUUUCAAUUGCAAUGCUUCAUUUUACUUUAAUUUUGGGGUUUUUUUCUUUCAUCUUAAGGCCAAAAUACCCAGUAAAACACGGAACAACUUCUCAGAAGAGUCCUAUUCUGUCCCAGACACAAAGCAGCCAGCAGAAACUGGACAGCUGUGGGGACAUUGAACAAACCCACCUACAGUUCUUAAAUUCAGAAUCUCAGCCCCUCCCUUACCAUUCAAUGCAACGUUUCUGGUAGCUGACAUUCACCUGUACGAUGGCGGGAGGGAACAGUGGCUUCAGUUUUUCACGUCCUUCGUGACUUGCGUACAAAUGGUUCAGCUGUAUUAAGAUUAAGUGCAUUUGGCCAAUAGGUAGAAUCGACACAGCAACAGUCUCUAAGAAUUUCCGUCACUUUUCUUAUCCGAAAGGACUCGAGUCUUCCACUGCAGAUAAUCGAAGACUUCACCCAAGUUUUCUUCCCCUUUAGUUUUGUUUGUUUGCUGUCUGGAUGGCCAACGAGCCGGUCUCCUUUUCCAUGGCCAGUCUGAAGGUUUGCGUUGGAAGUGCUGCUUACAGCAUUCCUUGCCGGGCUAAUAUACCGUCCUCCGGGAAUAUCAAGUCUGACGUGACUGACGCUGGCUUAGAGCUGUGUCUUUACACGGCCGUUAUCAAGAAGCUGGGCGUGUACGUUUCCUCUGGUUCUUCCAGAAACCACUGCUCUUAUUAUCUGGUCCAGGAAUGGGGUCAACUGUUCAGUCCGUGAGCAUUUAGGUUGACACCUAUACAUUCGGUCCCGCGAAUACUGCCCUUUUGGGGUGGUUUCUUCCAGCUCGGUGUUCACCUGUAAACCCAUUUAGGGUCAAGUGAAUGGAGGUCUCGGGAGAGCCCUGCCAGUAUUCGUGGUGGCCUUGGUUUAAGACAGUCCUAACUUCUGGCCAGUGGGGCCCUGGCCCCAGAGCCAUCUCUGAGAUUCGUAUCACUGUUUUACUAUCAGAUCAUUACCCACCAAACUUCCAAUCGUAUGCCUCCCACCGGCCAAGGGAAAAGAGACACCAGAACUUUGGGGCAAUAUCAGACUGACACGGCCAGUACAGAGGAGAACUAGGGAAGGAAUGUUUUGCACCUUACUGAAAAGAAAACUUUUAAGUGCAUACAUAGUUAAGAGCUUUUAUUGUGACAGAACUUUUUUCCAUAUGCGUGCAUACUCUCUGUAAUUCCAGUGUAAAAUAUUGUACUUGCACUAGCUUUUUUAAAACAAAUAUUAAAAAAAAAAUGGAAGAAUUCAUAUUCUAUUUUCUAAUCGUGGUGUGUCUAUUUGUAGGAUACACUCGAGUCUGUUUAUUGAAUUUUAUGGUCCCUUUCUUUGAUGGUGCUUGCAGGUUUUCUAGGUAGAAAUUAUUUCAUUAUUAUAAGAAAACAAUGUUUGAUUCAAAAUUUGAACAAAAUUGUUUUAAACAAAUUGUCUGUAUACCAGUACAAGUUUAUUGUUUCAGUAUACUCGUACUAAUAAAAAUAACAGUGCCAAUUGCAAA